AAUAAACAUAUAUUUCCAGUUCAAGCAGUAAAAAGUACAAUUAUUUUCUCGUUAGUACUAAUCAAACUUGAAAACCAGGAACAUCAAUCAUUCGACAAUUUCCGCCAUCUGAUGAAUAAUCUGACAAAGAAGUUUGUUCGAUAACUAUUUGGGAUUGAUUAAUAAGGUUACGUUUCUAGAAAUACACGAAAGGUGUUUACGAGGCUUUAUUAGCCACUAAUACUUGUCAAGAAAUAUUUUAUUUCAAUAUGGACAGAUCUGUAAAGGCACAUCUUGCUGAUACCCGUCCAUCUCAAGCUGUUGAGGACGAUCUGUGGUCAGAAAUAGCUAGUCGUGCAGAAGCUAUUACCUGUGAAUCUGGUCGUCGCGGACAAGAUGACCAGCCUUGCGGUUGUGGAAAAGACCAAACUCAUAUUUCUUUAUGCUCGUGUAGUUCUCAUUCUAUCAGCAGAGACAGCAAUGAGGACCAGGAGUCUCCUAAUCCUAUCAACUGUUGUGUUCCAAUAGUCGUGCGUCCACGUACUUCUAGAAGUGAUCAAACCAUGGAUACUCUCUGGCCAUCCGAAAUAGCCACACGACCUGGUUUCUACCCACAUAAUCGUAGCACACGUUUUCAGUUACAAACGUUUAUUGGUCAACAUAAACCAACCCCUCGUCCCCUCCAUUCAUGGAAUAAUCAAAUCCACCCCGUUUACAACCAGCGUCAUUCGACUAUCGGUAGAAUUCCAAUUUCUCCCACUGGAAAUCAAGUUAUUUCGGUUUCAACACAGACAUCUUUUGAGAAUUAUCAUUACGAAGGCCAUUUUAAUGGAUUUAUUGGAUCAUCAAAUAGUGAUUCAGCCAUCAACUUGCUAGACCAGAGUAAUAAUUCAUCCAUGUCAUUUCAAAGAAUUCAUGUUUCUAACGAAUCCCUCCCAGAUGUGGUCCAAACACCAUCUGCAAAUCCUCUUGUCCAAUCACGCAACCGGUCUCAAUCAUUGACCGAAAGGGUACAGGAAGUGGGGUACAUUUUGAAGAGAAUUAGUAGAGAAUUUGAAGAAUCUUAUGAGAGCGAAAUUGUGCAGGAAAGAGAGAAUUGCCCUAUGCUACAACCAAGAGCAGAUGACGAACAAGCAAAUAGGUGUCACAGUUCCUCUACCAACGAUGCUCCUAUUUCUCCUCAGUGACUUUUGGCCCUAACAAGAUUGGCCUUCGUACAGCUUCCUUUCGCCAGAUCAACAGACUCGGCAAUGAAAGGAUAUCUCUCUAGUUAAUUAGCUAUAUAUUUAUGAACGUAUAUGAUUAAGGAAACAACGCAAUGGAUGAUUGUUUAAAAACUGGCGUUGAUAUUUAUCGAGUAGUUUUAGAACUGCUUUGCUCAAACCACAAGAAAACAUCUGUUACUGUUCAAUAUUAAGUUAUUUUUUUCGUGGUGUUGAAGUGUGAGUUAAGAAAAGUCAUCGAACACUUUAGAUAUGACUCUCCAUAAUAUAUGAGAUAUUGUUAUCUUACAACACGUGAAAUCAAUAUUCAAGUGUUUUAUUAUAGAAAAUUAAACGUCGCAUCAAACCAAGACUUUACAUGCAUUAUCUUCAGACGGGCAUGUAUGGAUUUGACGACAUAAGGGUCAGCUCACAAUUGUAUCCUCGAGUUUUGAAUGAAUAUCAUUGUGACGCUGUACAGAAGCAAGAUCAUGUGGCUUUUCAGCUAGUGACAUAGCCUGUAAGGGUCUAUGAGCCAAAUUGAUAAUAUAUUUUCUCAGAGUUCUCUGUAAGGGGAAACAUAUUUAUCUGUAAGUUUCGUCAAGGAAUAAGUAAACUUAUAGAGCAAUGUGUGAUAUCUUCUGUCCGCCAUAUCGUUUGGCAAUUAAAAUACCUCAGUUCUCGACACCAGCGACACCUUAAGACCUUUUUCUGUAGGUUUCCACCAAGCACUCAACAAACAAGAUUUGUAUUACAAUCAUUGUUUGGUAGUUCAAGUGUCUUCAAAAACUGUCUGAUUUAGUCAUUAAUAUGCUUAUAUAAUGUUUCAUGUAUCUCGUUUUACUACUCUAAAACUUAAAUAAAUAGGCAAUUAGUUUUCAUCACGGAGAACAGACAAGUGAUUUUUUCAUCACUCAUAACAUUCCACACUCAUUUCAUAUUAUGUGGUAAUAUAUUGUUUUUCGUUUUAUUAUAAAGUUUUGGCUCACUUUCUGUAAUUUCUUAUUUACAUUUUAGUUGCACACACAGAAGCUUUGAAACGUCUUUUUACAAACGUUACCAGUUUGUUUCUGUCUUGGUUUCAAAAAUAGUCCUUUGAUCCCAUAGGUUCUUAAAAUUCCCAGUGUGAUUACUUAACUCGCUCCAGUAAUAAGAAGACUAGCCUGCUGGUUCUUCAGAAUUACAGUAAAGCUAAUUCAAAAUAAUAUAAUAAUAAUAAUGUGUUAUUAAUCAUUAUCAUAAUUAUGAGUUGUAAACUACUUAAAUGAAAUUGAUAAUAAAUAAGAUUAUUUAAUGUAAUUCACAUCAUAGUAGUUGAGCCCGGCAUGGCCAGGUGGUUAGAGCGUUCGACUCGCAAUCUGAGGGUCAGGGGUUCGAAUCCCCAUCCUACCAAACAUGCUCUCCCUUUCAACCGUAGGGACGUUAAAAUGUCACGGUCAAUCCCACUAUUCGUUGGUAAAAGAGUAGCCCAAGAGUUGGCGGUGGGUGGUGAUGACUAGCUGCCUUACACUGCUAAAUUAGGGACGACUAGCGCAAUUAGCCCUCGUGUAGCUUUGUGCGAAAUUCAAACCAAACUAAUUAAUGAUAUAAAAAGCGCCCAGAUUAUCCAUAUGUCUGUCGUAUCCCAGCCGAGUUGAUGAGCCCAGGAUAUGACAGAUCUAGUGUGGUUGACAUAUUACACAUUCUUCUUUGUUUUCACUCAUGCGCCAGUUCUUAGAAUUAGUAACCGUACCAAGAAUACACAGUUCUUAGUCAUCAUAAGUGCAAACUUUAAAUGACGUGAUUAGUGACUUGUUUGUUACAUGUUUUAUUGUGCAACAGAUAGCGUGAAAAUAUGUGUUGUAGACAAAACAUGAACGAAACUAUGAGAUAAGUCUAUUCAGAGUAAGAAUGGAGAUUCAGUUAAACAAUGGAAUUAAAUUACUGUAUCUUAAGAUAAUUACUUGAAACUUAGUCGUUGACCAAUAGUUGUUAGGUCCACAAUUUUUAUACCAUUCAAAGCAAGCUAAACUAUAUAACGUUUCUAUUAUUUUAAGUGUCUUAACUUUUUAUGACCUACAUAACUUUAAACGUUU